AAGACACGUGUCUUUAGAAGUACAGGGGUAGUCUGUGAAUUUUGGCGCGGGCGGCCCGAGUUCUAGAACCCGGGCCGGAGUCGAUACGGCCGCGUUCUGGAUCCGGACCGGCGUGUCCGAGUGUUGCAGAGCCACUCCGCACCGCCUCAGCCUCGGAAAAACAGAAUUCCCUCAUCCUGCCCCUCCACUCCGCCGCUAACCGAGUUGGCUGAGGUCGACACUGGGACGGCCCGACAAUUGCCGAAGAGCUUCGGCUGCCUUCGGCAUUGGCGCACCGGCAGGGAACGAGCGCAUUGAAAUCCAAACCCUCCACCGCGGAAAUGCCUGGUCGAGUUCUCGAAUCAUAACCCAAGGCCUGUAACGCAAAGUCCAAGAUGGCGGCGCCUGGCAAUGAAGAGGAGGAACUAACGCAAGAACAGACAGAGAAACUGUUGCAGUUUCAGGAUUUGACUGGUAUCGACUCAAUGGACCAAUGUCGACGCACACUGGAACAGCACCAUUGGAAUAUUGAAGCAGCUGUUCAAGAUAGGUUAAAUGAACAAGAAGGAGUUCCCAGCGUCUUCAACCCACCUUCGUCUCGACCACUUCAAGUCCACACAGCUGACCACCGAGUCUAUAGUUAUGUAGUUUCAAGACCACAGCCCAGGGGUCUCUUAGGAUGGAGUUAUUAUUUGAUAAUGCUUCCAUUCCGAUUCACCUAUUACACACUACUGGACAUUUUUAGGUUUGCGAUACGAUUUAUUCGGCCAGAUCCUCGGAGCCGCGUAACUGACCCUGUUGGAGAUGUCGUUUCAUUCAUUCAGAAUUUUGAGGAACAAUAUGGGAGGAUUCAUCCAGUCUUCUAUCAAGGAACAUACAGUCAGGCACUGAAUGAUGCUAAACGGGAGCUUCGUUAUUUAUUAGUUUAUCUUCAUGGAGAUGACCAUCAGGAUACAGAUGAGUUCUGUCGUAAUACAAUGUGCUCUCCAGAGGUAGUAAACUUCAUCAACACUAGGAUGCUUUUCUGGGCCUGUUCCACCAGUAAGCCAGAAGGCUAUAGGGUAUCUCAGGCUUUACGGGAGAAUACCUACCCUUUUCUGGCGAUGAUUAUGCUGAAAGAGCAAAGGAUGACAGUAGUUGGUCGUCUGGAAGGUCUUCUUCAGGCAGAAGACUUUGUCAAUCAGCUGACAUUUAUUAUGGAUGCUAAUGCUACAUAUUUGGUAUCAGAACGACUUGAUAGAGAGGAGAGGAAUCAGACACAAGUGCUGAGACAACAGCAAGAUGAAGCUUAUUUGGCUUCACUUCGUGCUGAUCAGGAGAAAGAAAGGAAGAGGAGAGAAGAACUAGAAAAAAGGAGAAAGGCAGAAGAGGACGUCAGGCAACAGAUGCUUGCAGAAGAAAGAAGGCAGCAAAGUUUGCAGGAAGAGAAGGAACGCAAGUCUGAACGUCUUCCCCCUGAACCUUUUCCAGACCAUCCAGAUAGUGUUAAGAUUGUCUUUAAGUUGCCAAAUGAUACUCGAGUAGAGCGACGAUUUCUUUUUACCCAGUCAUUGACAGUAAUAUAUGACUUUUUGUUUUCCUUGAAAGAAACUCCAGAAAAAUUUCAAAUAGUUGCUAACUUUCCACGUAGAGUGCUUCCUUGCUUGCCCACAGAGAAGGAGCCGAACCCCCCCACUCUGCAGCAGGCAGGAUUAAGCCGCUGUGAAGUCUUGUUUGUUCAAGAUCUUACUGAUGAUUGAAUCAGACACCGGUAAUGGGAUAAGUUCCAAUAGCUGCACAGUAUAAAGGAUUGCAGAGACUUUUUCACAAACGAGCCAAGUUUCUGCUGCACACAUUGACAAAGAUCUAUGCAGCUAGGUUGCUCGACAUUUCCUGGGAUGAACUGCACUGUCCAUCAAUAUUCUACUUUUAAAUAAAAAAGCUGAAAUCUUGAGCAGUUUUCCAUCAGAAGAUUAAAAAAAUAAAUGAACCCAUUUCUCCACCAUUGGAAGGUCUUAAUACCUUUCUGCUGGUUUUGUCCCCCCCCUCCUCCCCCCCCCCACACUUAUAUUUAUGUUGUAUUUCUAUUAAAAAAAAGAUGAAAAAUAGACCAAAGGAGGGUUGGCUGUUAUUGAAUUAUUGGAAGCUGAAUUGGUUUAAGUUCUUAUUACCAUGGCCUUUGCUAUGGUAAAGCCUCAGUAAGUAGUUUGUCAGCCUAUAGUGCCUGUGGUAACUAGAGCUUGCUCCAUGUUUAAUACCUGAGCAGCCUUGUCGUCCUCGAGGUGUAAUUUAUUCCAACAGUUUAAAUUAAAACUGUUUUAGAAUUUUAUUGUGUUGAAUCAUUUUUGUAUGCAUAGAUUUGUUUUUAAACCAUUUUCUGUAACUUAAUUACAACUGAUAGUAGCUGUUCACAGUGCGCUAAGUAGUCAGGUUUAAUGAGCAUUAAAAGUCUAUAUUGUCUUCACCACUUGUACCUUCCGAGCUUCCUGUCAAUGUUUGCUUGUUCUUGGUCAUUCUGCACUACUGUACUUCCAUGUACAGAUAUUGUUGCUUCAAAUUCAUAUCAGCUUUUCCUGCUGGAUUUGUUACACCUAUUUAUAGUGCUAUGUUUUUAAUCUUAUUAGAAAAAUGCAUAUUUAUAGCUUCCUAUGAGAAUAGGACCAAGGAUAUUUAAUGUUUUUCAGUGGAGCAUGUCUCCUUCCCCGCGCCCCCCCCCUCCUUACUUUUAAACCAUGUGUUCAAAGACCUCCUCCUUUUCAGUUUGUUGCAAUGCAUCAAGUAAAUGUACUGUUUCUUCAAUACUGUUUAAUUAGGAAUAUUGUUUAGGAUUAUUGCAUUUCAUUCACUCAAUAGCAUCUUAAUCAUUUGCAUGUUAUUUGUUCUGCUGUUCCAGCAAAAUGCAAUAUGACUUCUCUCUUGAUCUUGAAUGGAUAUUUGGUGGUAACCAAUAAUGAAAUUAUUUUACCACCUAAACAACUAUCAGCCUUAAUAAUAUAUUGGCUCAUUUAAUUAUAAUGAAGUGAUACCAUUGAGAUGUUUCCUCUUUUUUGUCAGUCCAUACUCUAGAUAAAGUGCUUGUAGCAGUUUUUUCCUUAAUACACAUACUUAAAGAUUUUUUAUGAAUUGUGAAUAUAAGUUUGAUUAUUCUGGAGUGCCUAUAUACACUACUCCAACAUUAGAUGCCCAAGUUUUAUUCUGUGUUGUAAACGUAAGUGUGUUCAGUUUAAGUUUGCUUACAAUUAUUAAUCAGUAGUGUGCAGAUUUAGGAUCUUUGUUCUGUUUAAAGCCUAAUUGACCUUGAUUUUUUUUAUAUAUAUAUCUAUAAUACCAUUCACCAUCACUUUUGUGGCUGAUAUCCAAAGCAGUCAGCAUUUCCAGAUGCAAUAUAGCAAGUUGGUUUGAAAAUGUAAUAGUGUACAAAAAGAUUAGUAUUGGUUUUAAGUUUCUUCAAUGCUUUAGACUGAAGGAACUCCAAUCUUGAUUCAUUUUUGUAUUUAAAUUUAGAAAACCUGUCUGGCAUUAUAGACAAUAAUUUCAGUAAUAUUAUGUGCUUGUGUCGCCAAUUACUGAAUUUUUCAUGUAUUUGCCGUUACAUUCCGUAGAUGUGGACAAAGUUGUUGGGUUUUCAUAUUGGCUAAUGAUCUGCAAAAAAAAUUUACAAUCUGUUUUGUAUAUAAUUAUACAAAUGAGGAUCUGCAGAUUAUAGCUGCAAAAAGAAACUUCUCCGUUAAUGUUUAUGUAUGAGGCUUAUUGCAUAGCCUGAAUAGAUUAGGAAUUUGGAUAUAUGGAGCAAUUGUCUUCCAAGCAGAAUAAGUUAUUUUGUAUCAUAGAUAUUUUACCACAAAAUUUUGCCACUUAAUAACUGUUGAUGCCUACCUUUGUGUUUUGUCCAGUGCUUCUGAGGAUGUUGGCUCCCAAUUUGAUGCAGUUGGUGUAAAGUUCUAAAUUUGAGUUGGGGCAAACUACAAUGAAACAAGCAUUGAUGUUUUAGGAUUGAAUGAUUUAAGAAUCUUUUCCCUUAGCAGAAAUACUCCCAUCAGUCUACUAAUAUGCAAGUAUGUUUUCUUGGAUAUUUUAAUGCUCAUGUAGAUUAUUAUUGUAAUAAUUUUGUAAAAAUGUAAGAAAGUAUAUUCCCAAUGGUCUAAUUUGAGAAAGAUGAAGCAAACGUUCUUUAAAGGACCACAUUUGUUUUUCUUUUGAAGUUUGAUGUUUCUCAGACUUUUAUUUUUUAAAGCGCCAAAUCCAUCGAGUUCUCAACAUUAAAAAUUAAUUUUUAAAGCCA